AUGCUUAUUACCAAAACCUGCCUGUUGAUCUCCCUCACCCCCCCUCCUCUCUUGUUGUCGUGGGCAGGUGUUAGGCACGGACACACUGACGUGGCAAAGCAGCUGAACAACCUGGCGCUGCUGUGUCAGAACCAGGGCAAGUACCAGGAAGUGGAGCAGUACUACGAGCGUGCCCUGCACAUCUACCAGAGCAGGCUGGGCCCCGACGACACCAACGUGGCCAAGACCAAGAAUAACCUGGCUUCAUGUUACCUGAAACAAGGGAAGUACAGACAAGCUGAGCGUCUGUAUAAAGAGAUCCUGACCCUGGCCCAUGAAAAGAGUUUGGAUCUGUGGAUGGUGAGGUGCGGGAUAUCUGCACCCACACGGGAGGGAGGGCUCCAUGCAGGAUGGGCUGGGCAGUCUGAAGCGCAGCGGCUCGUUCACCAAAUUCCGCGAGUCGAUACGCAGGGCAGCGAGAAGCUGGUCAGGAAGCUGAAAGGAGUCGGACUCAGGAUACCACCCCUCCGACUCCUGGGAUGAAAAGGGCUAAUUCUCUGAAUGUGCUGAACGUGGUGCGAGGAAGCGUCAAGAAGCGGCAAGGGGCACCAGCGACCUAACAGAGAAC